GCAUCGACACCUGUCUUCCUCCUCCUUUCCAACCGCUCCAACCAGCUGCUCAAAGCCAAGGAAGCUCACAUGGAGCUCCACUUCCAAGCGCAGCCACCAGUGUUCCAGCUCGAGAACUACAGCAGCAGCAGCAGCUACUACUACUACCAGCAGCAAGAGGCGGCGGCUCAGGCCAAGCCGUCCAAGCCACGGGGCCGGAAGAAGGGCAGCAACAACCACAGCAAGUUCGUCGGCGUCCGGCAGCGCCCGUCGGGCCGGUGGGUGGCGGAGAUCAAGGACACCACGCAGAAGAUCCGCAUGUGGCUCGGCACCUUCGAGACCGCCGAGGCCGCGGCCAAGGCCUACGACGAGGCCGCCCGCCUCCUCCGCGGCACCGACGCCCGCACCAACUUCGCGCCGCGCAUCUCUCCCGACUGCCCGCUCGCCGUCCGCAUCCGCGGACUCCUCCACCACAAGAAGAUCAAGAAGGCCAAGGCCGCCGCCGCAGCCGCCAAGCAGCAGGCGUCGUCGAGCUCCCCUGCAUCCACCACAAGCAACAGCAACAGCAAUAGUCAUAGCACGAAUAGUGCUCGUGGUGGUGGCUCUAGCAUCACCACCACCACCACCAGCAGCAGCAGCAGCUCCAGCUCCAGCAGCGCAGUCAGCUGCGACGACGACAUGGCCACGCAGGGCGGCGGCACCGGCGCACUGGACGCCGGCGAGGUGUACCGGCCGGGGUUCGCCACCGCGGGCACCGAGGAGGAGUUCGACUCUUGGAUGUUCGACUCGGCGUUCCCGGCGCUGGACAGCUUCGCGGCCGUCGACAGCGCCGUCCCAGCUGCUGGCACCACGGAGGAACCGGGCGCCGAGAUGGCCGAGUUCGAGCGGAUCAAGGUGGAGCGGCGCAUCUCGGCGUCGCUGUACGCCAUGAACGGCCUGCAGGAGUACUUCGACCGGGUGCUCGACGCCUCCGCCUGCGACUCGCUCUGGGACCUGUCUCCGCUCUGCCACCAUUAGCUAGCUUCAUCACCUGAACCGCGUGCGUCGUUUCUUCUUGCCCUCCCGCCUCCUGCCAGGUGUAUGCGCGCGCCUGCGGUGUAAAGAGGAACCGAACAACACUAGAGGAUUCUGCUCGUUGUAGUCAGUCGAUGCAUUUUUUUUUUUGAGCAAAAGUGCCUCAAAUUCUGCCUUACGGCAAAGCGAAUGGUCGCGCAUUUCAAUUUUCAGUCUGUCUGCAGUUGCUCUUCAUGCGGUGAGUGCAGGACUGCAGGGUGCUUAGCGCUGAGUGCAGAAUGACACUUAUCUCAGAGUAGAGUACCACAGUCUUGAAUCUUGAUGUACCUUUUGCAUCUGCGAAACUCAAGUUUGUCGUCGACUUCGUCAAGAUCGAUCAGCUAGACUUAAUAACUUGGGUGUACAAAGUACAAUUCAUCCUUCUUCUACGAAU